AUGGCUAGAGGAGUGAAAAAUAGUAAGCCAAGUCGAUGUUCCAAGGAUAGAAAAACUAUCAUGCAUCAAAAUGCAUGGUGUUUCUGCGAAUUCGAGCGUCAGAGAUCAACUAAGGUCAAAGGUGGCUUUCAUGGCGAGGUUUCCUCGAUACAAUUUCACACGACUACUCCGCUACGUUAUGUCUCAGAUCAUCGUGUCAUCAGCGGAAAGCAAAUCAGCUACCUGAGAAGCGCAUUAUUCAACCCCAUCUUUCGACAAAAGCAUCAAAAUGAUUCCCGUUUCCUGAAAUGCUUAAAUGAAGAGGGUCGGACUAUAUUGUCGCUAUGUGAUGGUCACCGGGAUGCUCUAUCCGCUCUAGAUCUUGCAAGUUCCAGAUCUCACCAGUCAGAAUCGAGAGACGUAUGUCAUGAUGCGAAGUGUUCAAAGUGUUUACAAUUUAUCAACUUUGAUGUGAUCCAAGCCCUAGAUCGAAGCCCUAAACUCAUCGUCCAAGUAUCGUAUUGGGUCUUCUAA